ACUAACAGCUGCCUCGCAUCCGCCUUUCAUGUGAUAGUGCAACUUCAUCUCAAGCCUUGAUAGGCUUCAAAAGAGCCAAAAUGUCCGCCGGCCCCACGAACCUCUGGCAUCGCCGCCUGGUCAAAGAUACCGACGCCAAAGCCUGCUGGAUCUGCUACAAACCCACACCCACCGUGCUCUCGACCCCAGACAAUUCCGACUGGUUCUACAUUUGCCCAGGCCAUCUCACAGAUCCUAAAUUCGCCAUUUCAAAAGAUGCCGAAGAUCUCGCCAAGAAGGCCAAAGACGCCGAAAUCGAGAAGGAAAUUGAAGCUGUGAAGAAGGAAUUCCAAGAGAAGAUGAAGAAGAAGAUGGAUCGACAGCGAAUCAAAGAGUGGGAGAAGGAAGGGAAGAAUGUUAAGGAAGAACAGAAGAAACUGGAUGAGGCGGACGAAAAGACGCUGAAAGAGGAGGAGGAGAAAAAGUUGAAGGAGUUGGAAGCAAAGAAGAGUGAGGCCGGGAAGGCUACCGUCACGGUUGAAGGACCGAGGAUAUUUGAGUUGAAUAAGAACUUCUGGAAUAUGAGGUUGCAGAAGAAGGCGCAGGCUGCGGCAGCGAAGAGGCAGGCUGAAAGACUGAGGACACCGGGCUUCUUUCCUAGUGUUCCACAAGGACCAUGAAGAAGAAUGAGACCUGUCGGAGAUAUUGGUCUGCAAGGUUAUUUAGCUGCUGGACUUGUUGCUGGAUCUCUAGCAAAGCUCCAGUGCGCAACAUGAUGAGGCAUGUCCACGGAGCGCCAUCGCUGACAAACAAAGCGGCUCCACUUUCCCAAAUGCGGACAUUGGAAGUAUGGCGGCUUUGUCUUCAGCCACCUGGAUUCUCAUCACAGCUACAAGAUACUGACUCGAUCUGAGAAUGCAUACACGAGGAUAAGUGAACACUCGAGUCGAAGUCACGAGUGGGAGACAGAAUAUUUAUUCACUGGCUCCGCAUCCGGUCACUUCACACAAAGACGCGUCGUGGCACAUAUGAUACAACGAGGACCCAGAUCUGUUCUAUC